AUGGCUGAAUUGAGGAAGUCAGUUGGGGUGAAAGGGGAAAAAUUAUACGAGCAACCAUUUGAACCGUCCAAGACGAAAGAGGAUAUUGCCUCGAAAAAAGACGACAUUUUGAAAAAAUUUGAAACUUGGUUUCACCAGAAGCAUGGAUCAAUAAAUAUAAGACACCUAUAUUUAGGAGAGGUCUGCACAAGUAGAGAAAAAUUAGUAAAGGGGGAAAUAGUCAUUGUUUCUGUUAUUGAGAGGAAGGAAGCAAUUGAAAAUGAGAAAUACCAAUAUGAUGGGGAAAACUUGACUGUCGUUUAUAAACGUUGGGGAGAAAUUUCAGUCUUGGAAGAAACGAAGAAAGAUCGAAAGCAUGAUUAUGGUAAGAUAAAGGAAAUAGCUAAAUACCUGAAAGAGAAAGAAAACGAAAUGUUUGAGGAACACUCAAACCUGGAAAUGAUUCGUGCAUCACUAUUCCGACUGAAAACGAACAAAGCAAAGAAAGAAGAGACUAUUUCUGAACCCUGCAUAGCCAUAUAUUGUUCUUACAAAGGUGUUGUACCUGUCGGUGAAAAAGAAUUUCCAGCAGAAAUGGAUGGAUUCCCUACGGAUAUACGAGAAGGGUUCUUUCAUUUGCAUGUCAACUACGAUAUUUAUGCAAACUCCAAAGAUCUGCUUGAUCCCUUACGAAUGGGUGCAAGCAUAUCACGAGAUAAUGAGAGAGCAGGAGAAGGAACUCUUGGUGGAUUCGUUGAGUUGAACGAUGGCGGUGUUGGAUUUAUAACCUGUGCCCAUGUUCUUUUUACUGAAGACGAAAUGCAUACACGUCCUUCUAAUUUUCCAUUUCCUACUUUUCAACCAUCUAUCUCCCAAGAGGGUUCACAACAAUGUGGAAAGAUAUUAAGGUCAGCUUUUCCUUCCUCUACCAUCGUAGACGGAGAUUUUCCACAGGUUUGUUUUGGUAGAAUAUGCUCUGGGAGAGAGGCACAGGAUCAUCCAAACGAACAAACUUUGAAAUGCGGCAUGAAGUCUGGAUUGACUCUUGGAGAACUGGAAAUAGGCCAAACCUCUGCCAGAUUCCGAAAUAUCUUGCUCACAGGUGCCCGCGUGACAACCAUGUAUAUGUCACAACUUGCAAUACGCGGGAUAUAUGGCAAACCUUUCUCUGAAUCAGGAGACCCCGGGUCUCUAGUGUUUCAGUUUAAGGACAUCGAUGAUUUGAAGUGCAUCGGUAUGAUUGUUGGUGGGGAUGGGAAUUUAACAUAUGCCACUUCAAUUAUACCUGUGCUUGAAGCACUGAGUGUGACACUCAAGACUUUUUAA